AUGAAGUCCUGGACCACCGCCCCCAAACCCCUAACCUUCACCUCCUCAACCACCAUCCUCUACAGCACCUCCACCCUCGGCAUCAAGCCCGACCCCUCCAACCCCACAACCCACUGCUUCUUCAUCCCGCUGCACAACAAGACCAUCGACUCCGACGAAGAGCUCCUGCAAGCCAUCAAGCGCUCCCUGCACUACGCCAUCCACAAGGAGGGGCCCGAGUCCCGCCGCGCGGUGUACGCCUGCCCCGUCCGCGGCGGCGGCGGGCUCGGCGGCGGUAUCUGGAUCUGCUUUUCUUUCCCCGAUCAUGUGGUUGAGAAGGGCGACCGCGCGAUGCUGAACUAUGCUGAGAUGUAUAUCAAGAGGGCUGUGGGGGAUCUCUAG